AUGGAUCCGCUGAGCGUUACAGCCAGCAUCAUUGCAGUUCUCCAGCUUUCAGCCAAGGUCCUCGAGUACCUAAGCGACGUCAGAGAUGCCCCGAAAGAACGCUCGCACUGCGAGGCUGAGAUAUCGAACCUUUCCGCCCUACUUCGCGCCUUGCGAGAUCACGUCCAGACAGGAGAUCUAAGCCAGCUGUGGUAUACCGCCAUCGCAGAGCUCGCAGCCCCUAAGGGCCCGCUCGACCAGUUCAAGCAGGCGCUUGAAGCGCUACAGAAUAAGAUAACAGAUGGAGGUCGGCUGAAGAAGUCGGGCGAGGCGCUCGUGUGGAAGUUCAAGAAGGAGGAGAUUGCUGGCAUAUUAGAUCGAAUAGAGCGUUUGAAGUCGCUCGCAGAGAUCGCGUUACAGAUGGACCACUUCAAACUCUCCCAAGCCAUCAAAAACGAUACCCACUUCGUUCGGGCGCACGUACCUGUUAUCCAGUCGGGCGUAGACGAGAUCCGGCAAGAUCAAGACGCCGCGAAGCACCGCAGGAUUCUGGAAUGGAUCUCUCCCACAGACUACCCCGCACAACAAUCCGACAUUAUAAAGCGCAGGCAGGAGGGAACAGGCCAAUGGUUUCUAGAUGCGCCUCAGGUGGCCACGUGGCUCAGUGAUCACCAGGCAACACUCUUCUGCCCAGGUAUCCCGGGAGCUGGCAAGACCAUGGUGGCCGCCAUCGCGAUCGACCAUCUGUUGGAAUCAGUGCAGAGCAGCCAACAUGGAGUUGCUUACGUGUACUGCAACUACAAGGCUCGGGAGGAGCAGGAUACUUCGAGGAUGUUGGCAGCUAUCCUCAAGCAGCUGGUGCAGGCUCGACCGUCGCUAGUGGAUCCCGUGGAACGGUUGCACAAACAGCAUGCUGACAGAGGAACCAGGCCAUCGCCUGAUGAGGUCUUCAGCGCACUCCGAGAUGUACUUGCACAUUACUCUACUGUCUAUAUUGUGGUUGAUGCUCUGGAUGAAUGUCUGGAUAGCGACGGCACUCGGCGCCAGUUUCUAGCCAAACUCCGCAAUCUUCAGGCGGGACGUGACGUUCGCCUAAUGGCCACCUCGCGUUUUAUUCCGGAGAUUGUAGACUGGUUUAACGAAGGGCUGAAGCUGGAGGUGCAGGCUAGUAAAGAGGAUGUGAAGCGGUUCGUGGCUGGUCAGAUAAGUCGACUGCCGAAGUGUAUUCAGCGUGACCCUGCGCUACAGGAGGUUGUCCAGGAAAAGAUUGUAGAGGCGGUAAACGGCAUGUUUCUUCUUGCUCGCCUCCACACUGAUUCGCUGCUAGACAAGAGGACGGCGAAGGAGGUGAAGUCAACCUUGACUAAGCUCUCCAAAGGCUCAGCCGCACUCGAUGACGCAUACAAGGAAGCAACCCAACGCAUAGAAGGCCAGCUAAGCGGAGAUUACGAACUAGCCAAAAGAGUACUGUCGUGGAUCACGUAUGCCAAGCGGCCGCUUACCACGACAGAGAUCUGCUGUGCUCUGGCAGUAGAGCCUGACGAGGCGGAGCUCGAUCCCGAGAACAUACCUGAUGUUGAGGACCUAUUGUCCGUGUGUGCUGGACUAGUCGUCGUUGAUCACGAAAGCGCUGUCAUCCGUCUUGUGCAUUACACCACCCAAAAUACUUUGAACGUAUCCGAGAUGCAUGGAAUCCAGGCGCUCAAACACAUAUAG